AUGUCUCACCCUCACGACAUGCCUAUGUUCCGUGGUACUGGUGAUUCACGAGCUGUUCUCGCUGAGGAUAUACCCCCUCUACAAUGGCCCCCCGUCUCACAGAAUGUAGCUCUUACGAUUCCCGCUCCGCAAGAGACAUGGCAGAAACACAUUACGUCCUAUAGUGAAGAGGGAAACAUUGCAUCGAAGCGUCUUAAGAGCGAACCUACGGGGGAUCCAACUCAGCUACAAACAGCCAACAGCUUUACUCCGCCACAGUUUUGUGGGCAAAUCUUUGGCUUGCCGAGUGAAGGCGGCUAUUUACAAACUGCUCAAGCCUUGACUCCAUCUCAAUCCAAUAAUAAUUUGGCGGACCCUGCUUUGGCAUACAGCUCCGAUGCUUCUACCUUAGUCUCUCAACGAGCCACUUGGCACAAUCACUCGAAUUCUAUACAAUCCGAGACAUCGCUCCUUGAUGAAGGGGGUGAUACGAUUAGCCAAAACGUGAUGCAAUUCACUAGUAAGAACGAGGCUCACCAAGAUGAUGAUGUGGCCAUGGGUGGCGUGGAGACAAGAAGCAGCGUCAAAGUAGGCCUCAAAGCUUCACGAUGGAACCCUGACAACCCUAAUCGUUAUCCUGAGAAACAUGUUCCUGAGCACAUCUGGGGAGAUCCCAUGCGUGUUGAUCCACCAACUCAUGAAAGACGCGGUCCUUCCGUUCCAACCGGCCAAACUGUGAUCAGUGGUAUCUCCAAAGGACCCGGUCUCGCAGACUCUCGCUGGGCCAAAUAA